AAGCAGAGUGGGAGAGAGCCACCAUGGAGCCUCCGGAGUCAGACAUGCUGAAUCUUUCCCGGGAGAUUCCUGGACUGUAGAGAACCGGAUCAAACGAAGAGCUGUGUACAUACAUCCAAUGCUCUCUCUGCCUGACUGUGGAUGAGAUGGGACCUGCUGCUUGAUGCUCCUGUUCCCAGGAUGGACUAUCUUAGAUGUCAAUGAAAGGUAUUAAUAGAAUCCAUAUUGACUUGACAAAGACAAGCUGCAAAUGCAACCCACCACCACCAUUGCGCUCUAUCAUAAACCCAGACACAUUCCAACAUGUGACAUCUGGAUCUCAACCUUUGGGAACCAAAACCUACACAGAGAUUCCAUUGGGAGGAUCACAUUGGGAUCCCAGCAACCACAUGGGGCAGCUCACAAUCACCAACGACUCCACUCUACAAGAUCGAUUCCUCUUCUGCAUCUGCAGGUCCAGCCAACCCUCAGGAUUCUGGAUCAUUGUUUUCCUUCUACCUAUACUGACAACUUUUCUGUAUUCCAUUAUUGAUGCUAGUUAGUAUCUAUCUGUACAUUUAUCCAUCAUAAAAGACACAAAAAAUUAAGUUCUCACUGCAUAUAGUACCGCCUGGAUGCAGACAGGCAUCCUAAGUAGCUGUUUAGAGCAUUGUACCUGAACGUUGCCAGCCUUUCUGACAUCACAUCUGGGCUGGAAUUAAUGAGGUGAUGCUUGCUGAUUUCUGGAGGUGAUUGCAUUCCCAGUGACAGCACGGUUCAGACAAACUCGGCCUAACAAGAUCCUGUGGUGUCCGGUGCAUCUCGCAGAAUGCUAAGGGACAGGAAGCAAAAUGAAGACUGGAGGCUCCAACUGGCCCCGUGCCCAAGAUGCCAUUGUUGUCAGAACUCCCAUGCUUAAAGAUGCUGAGGAUGUUGAGGAUGUGAUUACAGUUGGUGAUAGCUAAAAAAGCAAUAGAAACACUGAAUUUUUAUAGCUAUGGAUUUUAAAAAAUAAUUCUAUGUCUAUUCUUAAUGCUGCCAUUAUGCCAUUGAUGGCAGCUGUGAAAGAAGGGAAUUCUCAUUGCUCCACCUCUACUUCCUGCCUGGUCAUCCCACCUAUACUUCCUGCCUGGAUACUGGCCAAUCAAUGUUUAUUUAAAAUACAAGAGACAGGGCACAGACCAAUGUCCCACAGCAGUCUUAUUCUGAGGAUUCCUGGAGACAGGAUCACCAUUUUGGACUGAGGUAGAGGUCUGUCUGUGUGUGCACUUCCUCCAGCGUUCAAGUACAACCUGCUGCUUCAUCGUAUGGCCACACCAAUACUGAGAUCUGCCAGUGUUUCUGGGGACAAGACACUCUUCUUAUAAGGUCACAGAAGCAUCCAUGAGUAAAUGGUUCAUCUGAUGGUCCUGGUCCAAGGACUGAACUGUAAGAAUGACUGCUGUAGGCUUGCUAGUGGAAAUAUGCAAUCUCCCUCUGGUUCCUCUUCUAUUCGCAGUGCAGUAUUUCAUUCACAUCCUUAGAAUGGUGUAACGCCUGCAAGUUGCCUAGCAACUGUGAUGGAGGAGAUGAGCAAAGGGCACCAAGAUUGAAGACUGAUAAAAUGGCAUUUGACUUACCAAUGGUUGAGAGGACCCAUGAACAGUGUACUUCACCGAGGAAUUGCAUGAACCAGACCCAACCCAGCAUGCUCUACUGAAACACCAGACAAAAAUAGCUACAUACGUAAGACUGAAGACAUUACAUAAGUGGAACUGAGUGUGUCUCUGGCAAGACCUGUGAGUAGAGGAUUGGGGUGAAGGAGGGGAGCAGUGACAAGGAACGGGACGGUGAAAAGGACGAGAGUCUGGGGGUACUCUGGCAACACAUUGAGAAGCCAACAGAUGGUUUGAUGACGUGGGCCUGUGGUGUGUCAUGGCUUUGUGGUUGUGAGUAUUACAAGAGACCUAUGGCAUGAUUGUCUUGAAGGCAGAUGGCUUCCUCAUUUCUCCUUACCAGGAGAGUGGGUGCAUACGCUAUAGCCAUGUUGCAGAAAAGACUGCCAACAGAAGCGGACUGCGGUAGGCAGCACCUGGACCCAGGAGUCUAGGCCUGCAUGUGGGUCCUGAUUCAGCCUCUCUCCGGGCACAUGACCUUCAGCAAGGGUCUGUGUCAUAUGGUGGCCACGUGGACUAUGGGUGAAUAGGUAACAGGACAACCCGCACAGAUUUCAGCACAACAUAGGCUGUUUCCCUUCUGUUCCCACAGGCUCAGACUUUGAAUCAGAGUUGUUUUGUUUUGUGUGCGUGUUUUAUAUGGUUUACUUUGUUUUUAAUACAAGGUCUUAUGUUAGCCAAGGCUGAUCUUGGAAGUCACCAUGUGGCCAAAAAUGACCUUGGACUGCCUGCCUUUCCCUCUCAAGUGCUAAGAUUAUAGGCAUCCACCAUCAUGCGUCUUUGUAGUGAUGGGAUCAAACCUAGGGCUUCAUGUACACUGAUUCAACUGAGCUAGGUCCUCAGCUCUUCUCCCUUUGGUCUAACACUUCACCUGCUAUCUCUUUACCUCCUUGCUUUUUUGCUUCAGCUUCUAACAGCUUCCCAGCACAGUGUCCUCCUCAAAAGGGUUGUUAGGCCUAGGAGCACACGUGUCUGUUAGUGUGGUAUUUCCUUGUUAUCCAGUUAAGUGCAUGAGCUCCAGAGGCUACCAUUUACUUGUUGGUGAUCUACAAAAUCAUGGAUGGAUUCAGGAUUAACUCUGCAUAAGUGAGAAGUAAAAGCAGAAUAGAGUAGACAUCAACCCUACCUUCUGGAAGCUUUCGUUGAAAAGUAGGGCUAACUUCCCUGUAGGGACAUAGUCUUUGCAAGUGCUGUAGAAAUUCAGAGUACAGGGGCCUCCUUUCUAAUGCAUUAACCAGAAAAGUUCUCAGGAAUAAGGUCACAGGUCAGUGGGUCUGGAAGAUUCAAUGGGCAAGGCUCUCUGGCUCUAACGUUGGAUUACCUUUUUUUUUAAGUCACAAUGAAAAUUAAGAAUAGUUGGGCAGGAUAGAUGGCUCAGCUGUUAAAGGAUAGGCGCACAACCAACUGUAAGAGCAGCUGUGGACUAUAGAGAUGACUCAGCAGUUAAGGGCGCCUGCUGCUCUUGCAGAGGACCCAGCUUUGUUUCCUAGUGCAUGGUGGUUCAUAAACAGCUGUACGUCUAGUUUCGAGGCAUCUGUAACCCUCUCCUGGCUUCCACAGGUACCAGACACUGAUCAUAAUACACAUACAUGCAUGCAGAGAAACACUUGGACAAAUAAAUAACUUGUUUAUUUUUUAAAGGGAAGAACAGCCGUGUAAGCACCUAUGGCUACCUCUGCAAGUUUAAGGCAGUGAAAAUUCCAGAAUGAAUAAGAGAGGGGUCACAAAGCCCUCUUGGCAGAGGAGACAUUAUCUAUGGCUGUUGAAGAGGAGAGAGGCACUUUGAUUUGGGGACAUGGCUGCUGGUCUUCUGCCCAAUUCUCCAUACAUUUCUUCCUAAGGUCUCCUCUUCCACAAGUGCCUGGAAGAUGUGACCACUGUGAUCUUUUACAGAACUGUUAUUAAAGGUGUGUUCCUAGGCUGUAACCAGGGACCCCUCUGAUGGCCAAAGAUCGGGGAACCGGGAGACCAGGCGUAGGCUCCUCCACGCUCCUCAAGCGCCGCUCAUUCUGGCUGUUCACCCUAAACUCGACGUCCUUCGCGCUUGCAGUUCCAAGCUGGCGGUCCUUAGUUCGCCGAGGGCCCUGCGCCACCAAGGGACGACGGCCCAGCACAGUGGGGCGGAUGGACUGCGAGCGAAAAGACACCGCGAUCUGGGAGGAGGCAGAGGGAGGCGCCCGGGCCACGGUGGGCGGGGGUGGGUGCCGGUGCCGGGGCUGUGGCGCUUGCUGGACACUCGGUUGGCCCGGCCACGCCCAGCCCUGCGGGAUGGCGCCCACGCGCCCCCAGUGGCCACUGGAGGGGAGCCAAGCCUCCUCCUUCGCGUAGCUCUCCGGGGUGCCACUUUCGGGUUCGGAGUCGGGCUCCUGCGAACAGGCUGGGGACGGCGGGGGAGUGACCGGGGCACGGAAGUAGGGAAACAGGAGCACGGCGCGCAGCCUCCGGGCAGGAGAGCAGUAGGGCAGCCGGAGAGGCAGCGACAUCUGCGGGCCAGGCCGAGCGGGGCUGCGGGGAGGCCGGCCCUGUGCACGCUCACGUCCCGCGUGGCGCUGUCACGGCCAUGGAGGCACCCGGCUUCGAGUCGCCCCCGGCCUCGGGAAAGUUGGCCGGACACUUCGGAGCCUCUACCCCGAGUCACGAGGUGGAAUGGAGACCCCCCCCGCCCCCGCGAGGCCUGUGUCCGCACCAGGUGGCGUCGGAGGGUCCGGUACGCAGAAAGAACCAGUUUCAGCCGGAGCGGCCAGCGCAACCCAUUGACACUUCAGUCCCGGGAAGGGUUAACCGGGUCCUGCCGCCUAGGUUUACAUGUAAAUAGAGAGCUGCUGCUCAGCGCGGGCCCGGGCUGGCUCUUUUAAGUUUUUGAUUGGUUGCCAAUGACAUCACCGCCCGCGUUCUAACACACCAAACCCACAAGCGCCUCUGAGCGGGCCGCCUUCCCGCGGCGAGGCCACGCCCCUUUCUCCGCCCUCUCGUCCGCCUAUUGGUCACAGGCCACUGUGAGGUAGCGGGCGGCGGUCUCUGGAUCCUCAUUGGCGCAGUGCGACGUCGCUCGGCGGCGGCCCCGCCCACUCCGAAGCUUACAUUUACGCUGUAGCAAAAGAGAAAGUAACUCUGUGUUGCUGCUGGGGAUCAAUGAAGCUGAGUGAAUGGGGGCGCACUGCGCGAGCGCAUAGCUGGAGCGGGCGCCAGAUGGUGGAGGGCUACGCUUAUUGAUGAAACUCUUGAGUUCUUCUUGAAUUGCCAGUCUUCAGCCUCCUCAUGCCUCCAUCUCCUUUAGACGACAGGGUAGUAGUGACACUGUCUAGGCCUGUCCGACCUCAGGAUCUCAACCUUUGUUUAGACUCUAGCUACCUUGGCUCUGCCACCCCAGGCAGCAGUAGCCACCCUCCCGUCAUUGCCACCGCCGUUGUGACCCUCAAGGCUGCGAAUCUGACGUAUAUGCCCUCAUCCAGCGGCUCUGCCCGCUCCCUGAAUUGUGGAUGCAGCAGUACUAGCUGCUGCACUGUGGCAACCUACGACAAGGAUCACCAAGCCCAGACUCAAGCCAUUGCCGCAGGCACUGCCACCACCGCCAUAGGAACCUCGACCACCUUCCCUGCUAACCAGAUGGUCAACAGCAAUGAGAACACAGGCUCUUUAAGUCCAUCGGGUGGGGUGGGUAGCCCUGUGUCAGGGACUCCCAAGCAGCUAGCCAGCAUCAAAAUCAUCUACCCCAAUGACCUGGCGAAGAAGAUGACCAAGUGCAGCAAGAGUCACCUGUCCAGCCAGGGUCCUGUCAUCAUUGACUGCAGGCCUUUCAUGGAGUACAAUAAGAGUCAUAUCCAAGGAGCUGUCCACAUUAAUUGUGCCGAUAAGAUCAGCCGGCGGAGGCUGCAGCAAGGCAAGAUCACUGUCUUAGACUUGAUUUCCUGUAGGGAAGGCAAAGACUCUUUCAAGAGGAUCUUUUCCAAAGAAAUUAUUGUUUAUGAUGAGAAUACCAAUGAACCGAGCCGAGUGAUGCCGUCCCAGCCGCUUCACAUAGUCCUCGAGUCCCUGAAGAGAGAAGGCAAAGAACCCGUGGUGUUGAAAGGGGGACUCAGUAGUUUUAAGCAGAACCAUGAGAACCUCUGUGACAACUCCCUCCAGCUCCAAGAGUGCCGGGAGGUGGGGGGCGGCGCCUCGGCGGCCUCGAGCAUGCUACCUCAGUCUGUCCCCACCACCCCUGACAUCGAGAACGCAGAGCUGACGCCCAUCCUGCCCUUCCUGUUUCUUGGCAAUGAGCAGGACGCUCAGGACCUAGACACCAUGCAGAGGCUCAACAUUGGCUACGUCAUCAACGUCACCACUCACCUUCCCCUCUACCACUAUGAGAAAGGCCUCUUCAACUACAAGCGGCUGCCGGCCACUGAUAGCAACAAGCAGAACCUGCGGCAGUACUUUGAAGAGGCGUUUGAAUUCAUUGAGGAAGCUCAUCAGUGUGGAAAGGGCCUUCUCAUCCACUGCCAGGCCGGCGUGUCCCGCUCUGCCACCAUCGUCAUCGCCUACUUGAUGAAGCACACACGGAUGACCAUGACUGACGCUUACAAAUUCGUCAAAGGCAAACGACCAAUUAUCUCCCCGAACCUCAACUUCAUGGGGCAGUUGCUGGAAUUUGAGGAAGACCUAAACAAUGGCGUGACACCACGGAUCCUGACACCAAAGCUGAUGGGCAUGGAGACGGUUGUGUGACAGCAGUGCAGGAUGGGAAGGGCCGUGGCUCUGUGAGACGAUGGACAGGAGUGAAGGGGCGGGGUCUGGCUUUGGUUUUGUUUUCUGUUUUUCUUUUCUGUUUUUUUUUCUUUUUAACUUGGGGGAAUGUUUGUGAAAGGCAGCAGACUUGUCUAAAGACUCUAUUUUUAAUAAGUGUGAGGAGACUAGAACUUCUGAUGCCAUUGAGAGCCACUUCUCUUCGUCUGUUUUUGCAAGGAGGUUAAAAAGGUUUUGUUUUUUUUUUUUUUUAAGCCAACAAAUAAAAAGCUUCUGAAACUUUCUCCCCAGUUAUCCUUGUUAGCCGUUGUAGGGUUUCUGACUAAAUCGUCUGUGCAGGCUCAUAGACCGAAGAUACCACCCUUCAGUUACAAAGACCCAAAAGUAAGCGGAAAAGACAUUGGCUCUCGAAGACCUGGAACCUACCUGGCCAACCAUGUAGAAGAGAAACCCUGCCACACCGUGCCCUGUUGCGCUCACUGGUGUGAAGAGAAGGGCGGGCAACCUCAGUGGUCUCAGACCCCCUCAUGCGCUCUCUGGAGAGAGCAGUGUUGAUUUGGUGUGUUUCAUGCUCUGGAUAGUUAUCUCCCUUCUCUGGGUUUGAGAGAACGUCCUUCCUUUCCUUCUUUUUUUUUUAAUAGAAGGAAACUGACCGUUAUACCAUGUGCCUUUGCUGGCACUUGUGCAAUAAAAAUGGUGUUUGGAGUGUGUGGGUGAGUUAGAGCUGGCAGCGAGUGACAAAUCAAACCAGCUUAGAGAGAGGAACUCAGCAAUACCAGUGGCUUGCCCUCCCACCCUCUCCCUCUUUUCUUUUUCUUUCUUUUUCCUUUCCUUUCUUUUUCUUUUUUGAUUUGAUUCUGGUUACAGUGCC